AAAAUGAAUCCAGAAUACGAUUAUUUGUUCAAGUUACUUUUGAUUGGUGAUAGCGGUGUUGGUAAAAGCUGUCUUCUCCUUCGUUUUGCUGACGAUACCUACACUGACAGUUACAUCAGUACUAUUGGUGUCGACUUUAAGAUUCGUACCAUUGAAUUAGAUGGUAAAACCAUAAAGUUGCAAAUCUGGGACACUGCUGGUCAAGAACGAUUCAGAACAAUGACUUCAAGCUACUACAGAGGUGCUCACGGUAUUAUCAUUGUCUAUGAUGUCACUGAUCAAGAUUCCUUCUCCAACGUCAAGCAAUGGCUCAGUGAAAUUGAUCGUUAUGCUUCCGACAAUGUUAACAAGUUGUUGGUUGGUAACAAGUGUGAUCUCACUUCCAAGAAGCAAGUUGAUCGUAGCACUGCUGAAGAAUUUGCUAAGAGUUUGAAUAUUCCAUUCCUUGAAACUAGUGCCAAGAUUUCAACCAAUGUUGAACAAGCUUUCAUGACUAUGGCUGCUGAAAUUAAGAAUAGACUUGCCAGUCAACCAAUUACUACACAACAACAACCAUCCCUUGGAAUUACUCCUGCCCCAUCAAAGCCACAAUCAAACGGUGGAUGCUGUGGAUAAUUUCAUUCUUUGGAGCAAAAACUUUUGUAGAUCUAUAUGAUUAAAGCCUGUACAGAGAGUUAAAUAUUC